AGAGAGAGAGAGCGUGUUGGCGAACUGCUUGUGUCUGUGUGUGUCUGAGUCUGUCUGUUUCUUCGAGGAGUGUGUGCUGUGUCCGGUAUUUUGUGAGGGAAGGGCUCCUCCUAUUUUUUAUCAUCUGCUGCCUGUUGUAUCUCUUUUAUAUAUAUAAUGUGGCUCCAGGGAACGAUUUGCCUCGCGCUGUUGGGGAGUUUUAUGGCGACCGGCCUCCGCCUUCCCGUCGGCCAUGCAGCGGAACAAGAAUUGGUGAAAGGCGAAUCGAAGGAACACAAAACAACUGAAGAGACGAGCAGUAAAGAGGCCCCAGAGGCUCCUCCGGCGGGCGACGCAGCAGGGGGCGCCGAGGAGAGCCCGAGAAAGCCCGAGGAACCGCUCAAUAACCGAAGUCCCGGUGAGGACGCGGAGGUCGAUUCGCGUCCGUCUGGGUCCGGCGCCGGGACUCCCACGCCCGACGGAGGAGGAGGAGAAGGAGCGGGGAAGGAAGAGCAGCAGCAGCAGGCGGCGAAGGAGGAGGGAGAGGCUCGGUCAGGAGGAUCGUUCAGAGUCCAGGACCCGCCGUCUUCGGGAGAGGGACAGGAGCAGGAAGUGAAGGCGGACCAGGAUGGCUUGAUAACUCGCGACCAGCUCCUCACCGCUCCCCAGCCGCCCCCUCAGCUGGAGAAGACGUACCGCAUCAGCACCGGCCUCGGCAAGGAACCGUCCCAGCAGGCAGCGGCGCGAAGCCCCGAGGAGCACGUGAGUGAGGAGGACCUGAAUACGAUGUUCUUGGUCACCGGGAAGGGCAGCAGCACCCUGACCCCUGGCUGCGCCUUCGCCCACUUCACGGUCAAGUCAAGAUGCUCUGGUAACCUCCUGGAGCUGGCCCUGUCUACCCGUGACCCUGUGCGAGGUCAGGUCAUGUUGAUGGAGGCAGACGAGACGGUGGAGAUGAAUGGGACCCACAUGGUUGUGUACGGCGUGUGGGUGGGUCGGAAAACCCCCUCCAGCCGGGCGUGGAAGCUGGAGAAGAGCGUGCACAGGGCGGACGUCCAGGCGGAGUGCGACAGGUGCGACAGCAUGGGCGCGCGAGUCAUUCUAACGGUGGGUGGAAGCGGGCAGAGCGGCUCUAAGACCUGCGCCAUCGACGUCUCGUGUCUGAAGAAGGGGUCCUCCAGGAUGAUCGAACUCGAGCCUUCCACGCUCCUCAAAGCCUACGGGAAGGCGGGGGGCGCUGUAGGCGGCGACGAAGGUGCAGGGGAGAAGGCCGAGAAUGAGGAUGCCGUCUCCAACACCGCGAAGACCACAAUGAACAUCAUGCACGGUGACGAGAUGGAGGGCGUCCCCGUGUCGGAGAGGCAGCCUCUGGGCGCCCAGAUGAGCCUGGUGAUCAGCGUGCUCACCCGGGACAUCACCCUCGACCUGCACGUGAGCCAGUGCGAGGCCCGGAGCGAGGACGGGAGCGCGGUCGUCUUGGUGCAGGAUGGCUGCAGCGCCUCCAGAGUGAUGGGCGAGUUCCGCGAGGUGCUGGGCGUGGUCCACGACGAAACCUUCGGCGAGCACACCGUCAGGAAGGUCACGCAGUUCGCCAUCAUGAUGGCCUUCAACACCAAGAUCGAACCGCAGACCAUGACGGUGAUCUGCAAUGUCAAGCUGUGUGGCGGGGAGUGCGCUGAGAGGCCGGCGUGCGUGAGCUCAGAUAUCAACCUGGGUCGGGGGAAGCGCCCCCCGGUCCCCCUCUUCGAGAAGGCGGUCACGCUCGGGAAGGUGUUCCAAGUCGGAGGCCUACCUGACGAGCCGAGCCAAGAAAUGCUGGCCAUGAUCCUGACGGAGAAGGGGCAGCCGCGGGACGGGAAGCCGGUAUUCCUGUUCGACGACUGCGUCACCCCGCGCACCUUCUACAUCUUUAUGGGCCUCCUAUCGGCGGUCUACCUGCUGGUGCUGCUGGCGUGUAUUUACUGUGUCCGUCGCACCACCUCGAAGACGGUCACGAAGAAGUUCGUCGAUGACUACGAAUCCCCGCCGCGCUCGCUCUACCAGGAGUACAACUCGCCCAGGAAGAGGACGCCCCCGACCAUCACGCCCACCUCCACUCCCACACCCUCGCCCACCACGCCCCUCCCCGACUACCUGUCCUUCUCGCUCCACGCAGCCGAUCGCCUCGGGGGAAGAUCCCACCAGAACUGAGGUUGCAAGGGCGAUGGCGCAGGGCUCGGCGGGGCGGUGGGUGCCACGACACACGCAAGUCGUGGGGGAGGCACUCGUAUUGUGUUGGAGUUUGCCUUUUAUAUUAGGCAGAUGUGCUUACAGUUCACGCAGCGAACUCUGUGACUUGCGUCUUUGCUACGGAACCUUCUAGUCUUGUUUUUCUAUGUUCUUUUAGUCUCCCUCUCUCGCCUCUCUCGUCUUUUAAACAGCAGGUCUCCGCACUUUUUCCUCGCCUCUUUUCGAUAGCACUUCCCUCUCCCCUGCCCUCUUGUGCGCCCCGCUCCUCGCUUUGCUUCUCUCCUCUCCUCUUCCCCUUAUCUUUCCUUCCCUUCCCUUCAAUUCCCAUCCUAUUGCCUUCCCUUCCUUUCCCUUCAAUUCCCAUCCAUUGCCUU